UAGCCAUUGUUUGCAGUGAAUGAAAAUGGCGGCUCGCAGUUGUUUGAUGAUCGUAAUCGUUUCUGUCUUAUCAUUUCAAGCGUGCAUUGUUGUUGAAUCUCUAAACAAUGGUUUAGCUCGGACACCACCAAUGGGAUGGAUGGAUUGGGAGAGAUAUCGCUGCAACAUAGACUGUGUAAAUGAUCCAGAAAAUUGCAUUGGUGAAAAGCUGAUUUUUGAGAUGGCAGAUCGCAUGGCUGAGGAUGGCUUUAAAGAGGCUGGCUACGAAUAUGUGUCCAUUGAUGAUUGUUGGAUGUCUCACAAUCGCACUUCUGAUGGUCAGUUACAACCAGACCCUACAAGAUUUCCAAGUGGAAUGAAAGCUCUUGGUGACUAUAUUCAUUCGAAAGGAUUAAAGUUUGGAAUAUAUGCAGAUUAUGGGACCAAAACAUGUGCAGGAUACCCAGGAACUAUUGAUCACAUUCAACAAGAUAUGGAUACAUUUGCCGCCUGGGGAGUUGACUAUCUUAAGCUGGAUGGUUGUUAUAGUGACCCUGACAAGAUGGACACGGGUUACCCAAUGGUCACUAAAGCUCUUAACAAAACAGGGAGACCAAUAGUAUUUUCUUGUAGCUGGCCAGCUUACCAAAGUUCCACAAGAACGCCUAACUAUACAUGGAUUGCUGAAAACUGCAACUUGUGGAGAAACUAUGAUGAUAUUCAGGAUUCUUGGCAGAGUGUGACAACAAUAAUUAAGUGGUAUGGUGACCAUCAAGACGAGAUGAUUCCUGUGGCAGGACCUGGAAACUGGAAUGAUCCUGAUAUGCUUAUUAUUGGUGACUUUAGUUUAAGUUAUGAACAAUCCAAGGCACAGUUUGCCAUGUGGUCCAUCAUGGCUUCACCAUUGAUAAUGUCCACUGAUCUUCGUAGCAUUUCUCCUUGGGCCAAAGAGAUUCUCCAAAACAGUGAAGUGAUUGCUGUCAAUAAAGACAAACUAGGAAAAAUGGGUCGAAGAGUUCUCUUGGCUGGAAACAAAGAGAUCUGGGCACGACCUUUAGCUGACGGCUCAGUAGCUGUGGUGUUAUUCUCACAUUCUGUCUCUACGCCAGAAAUAAUGGAAGCGAGUUUUCAAUUGGUUGGAUUGUCUGCUUCACGUGCUGUGGCACGUGACCUGUUUGAGCACAAGGAUCUUGGGAUAUUUAGUUUAAGCUUCAGUGCCACUGUCAACCCGAGUGGGGUGGUGAUGGUCAAAUUGACACCUCUGAUGUAGAAGACGUGGAUCAUUCAGACAACAAGUGAUAAUAAAUUGAAGCAAAAUUAUUAAUUUGUCCUUGACAGUUUUGGCCAGGAAACAACUUUUCAUUCUGAUUAUUUUUGUUAUAGCUUAAAGCAAACAAUUGAUCUUGUGAGAGGAUAAUCUUAGAAUUACAGACAUAUUGAUUUCUUGUCCAGAGAGGAUUCAAGGACAGUACGUGAAGUUUCGCCUAAAACGUAAAAGACUUAGCUUUGGAGUAAAAAGCAGAAAUUAUUAUAAAAAUUAUGCGAACUUACAGACAAACAUUAACUUUUCUUACUCUUUUUGUACUCCAUUUGUAUGUUUUUGUAUGCUUCUUAUUUCUAACUAGGCAUUGUCUGUCGUGGCUUUUUUUUUGUUGUUGUUAGAAAAAAAUAGAACGUUUGCUAAAAGGUUUUCAGUGUUAGUCAAAUUGUAGAUAAAAUGUUAAUGUAAUCAGUGCAAAGUAGAGUUGAAUUAAAACUUAGAAGUUUGUUAUUCUCACUC